ACCAAACUCAGAAGACAGAGUUCUGAUUUUGGUUCAGUUCUACUUUGAGAACCCAAAGUUGAGCCAGCGACUGCUUUCCUGUGCAAGGUAUUGCAUUUCAAAACUGUUGAAGGAAUCUGAGAAAAGUGUCAUGGUUGAUGUCAUUCUCCUGAUCAGACUUCCACGGGUAUUAGGAGGAUGUGGAUAUAUUGCCUUGAGUGGAGAUGACUGGGAUUGUGUACACUUGGAUGAACUCAUGCCUACAAAAGGACUCCCUGCUGAUAUGCAAAUACUAUGCGGAAUGCCCAUGUCCAAAGUUUUUGAACAAAGCUUGACGCAUGAUGAUGAUGAUACUGACAAAUUAGCCCCUGAGGAAAGUCAUGAAAUGGAUCAGCUAGUCGACACAGCAUUGUUAACAAAGAUGUCCAUGCAAAAGGCCAUCAUCCAGCUGAAUGACAAGGCAGACAAUUCACACAGAGCCCAAAAGAGAGUUGAAAUUCUUCAUGAUCUACUUCAUGCAAACUUUGAUGUGCCAAUUAACUUUUUAAAAGUCUUGGAAAGAAGAGUCGUUCAAAUCUUGACUGCUCGGGAGAAAGAGAAAACAACAAACUGGGUCAUUGAUCAAGCUGAAAAAAAAAAAAGUUUUGUGGUGGAAGGAACUUCUUUUCGACAUGUUCUGUGGAUUCAAAUGGAGGAUGCAGUGGCAUCUGCCAUGGCCCAAGUCUUUGCAGUUGUGGAUGGAGAUAAUAAUUUGGAUCAUGUGACCACUGGGCAGCAACCUGAAAAAACUGACUUGUGGAUGAAGAUUUUUCAGAAUCAAGAUCUCUUGAGUAUUCCGGUUUUGCCAAAACUAUCCUACUCUGUUCUGUCUACAAGUAAUGCAAAGGAAGCAACCGUUUCAUGCAGAUUCCCAUUCAGUUGGGAGGUGAAAGCAAGAUUUGACCAGAUCUGGAGACAGGUCCACAAUCUGCCAGGAAUCUCAUCAAUGUCUAAACUGGAAACAAUACAAAAAUGUGAAGAAUUGCUCAAAUUCCCCUGGCUCUAUGGCAUAAAAAGCACACACUCACUUUUCAAAAUGUAUGCAGAGGACCUGGUGAGGAUGUCUAUGCCUGAAUGUCCAUCUAAAGUCAAUCAGACUAUUUCUGUCUCUUUAGUGGAACUUUCCAAAAAUGUCUACAAAGACUUGACGCAAGCAGAACCAAAUGAUGUUUCCCUAGUUUGGCUGCAUGUGACAUAUGAAGGGAUGCGUGACAACCACCAAAUCUUCCGCAAAUUAUCAGAGCAGUGUGGGGACAUGAUCAACACUGGAGAUGUAAAAGAGGCAACUGAGGCAAUGCACCUUUUACUGGAGAAACUUCAACCCAGCAACGACUUGCUGAAGAGCUACGCUAGUUGCCAGGAUUGGCUUAACAAAGUGAAGUCAGUGUCUACGUCAGUAGAGCUGAUUGUGUCAGAGGAUUCUCUGGUCCGACAGCAUGGCACAAGAGGAGAGGAACUGAUCCAAAACAUCAGGCGUCUGUGGCAUAGUACACAAGUGGUCUAUCUGCUAAUGGAUAACUUAUUACAAGAUGAAACCCAAAUGGAGGAGAAACUUCUAGGUAUUAUUACGAAGAACUUCAUCCACUUCUCAAAGCGGAUUCUAAAGAAAGACAUGGACAUGGCACAAACCUUCACGGAAGUCACACGUGUUCUGAAGCAAUGCAACACCAAUGCUUGCAAAACUUAUCUGACAAUUGAUUGUGCAUCCUGUGGAAAUGAAUUCAGCGAUCCUGUUGAAUUACCAUGUGGGCAUAUUUUUUGCAAGUCCUGCAUUGAUGUGAUUAAGGACAAGAAUUGUUUUACAUGUAGUCAGCACUUCGGCAGCUCAUACAAACAGUGUGCGCCUCGCAAACGGGAGGCGAUGCUUCAAAUGAACAAGUUCCGAAGUCACUGUAAUUCAUUUUUUGUGGAGUUCAUACUGAAGUGUUGUAUUAAAGAAAACACUGAAAUACCUGAGGGAGUGGUGAAUCAGCUUCUGGAUUUUGUCAGAGGAAACCCAAAAGGAAAAGAUGCGCCCACCAGAAAGAUGACAGAGUUGUCACUAUUUCAUGAAUUCAUGGAUCCAAGUCCUGCUGUGCAGUCUCUAGUGCUCCGAAUACUUCUCACUAGCAGGAUGGAUCAGAUGGCACCACACCUGCAAAAGUACAUUGAAGCAGCAGUAAAAUCUAACCAAAAAAACACUGAUGAGUUCUACUUCAUGGUGGUUCGCUGCACAGAGGAUCAAAUACAAGCAUCUGCCCAUAAGGCCUUGACAGCAAAAGCCAUCGAAUGUCUGAACAUGGACUUCUCAUCAUUUGAGACAUCAGACAGUGAAGUAACAUUUGAUCUCUUGCACAACAUUGCCAAAAUAAGAUUUGCUGUUUCAGUUGCAGCAGAUGUUAUUGGAGUUUUGGUCCAAACGCAAGAUAAAGUUGAAGAUGAAACAGAUCUUCUUUUCUGGAAACUACAAGAAGUUGUAACAAAAAAUCCAUGGGCUCGGAUAUUCUUGCUUCGGAAUCUGUGCAAUAAGUUUGACUUGAAAAUCAUUGAAAAUGUUCAGUGUAAUGAGAAACUGAGCUGGGUUGUGCCUGAGGGACUUCGAGCCACAAUGGAUGAAACUGACUGUACUGACAAAUUCCUUGCAUAUGGAGCAAAGUACACUGAUGUUGUGAACACAUACAAUUUGAAAGAGAAGGCAACAGAAGACAGUAGCCUAGUGUUCUCGGUUUGUGCAGCUCUGGCAGCAGUGAGGCAGAUUUUGCAUGAUAAAGAAAGAACCUCACUGAUAAAGCAAGUGGAGAUGGUGUCGAAACAGAACAAAAAAUGGCAGAAUCUGUCUGCAGUCUGUAAGAGCGUGAUGCAGGGUGGACUCUCCAAAGUCUCAAAGGAGCUUUGCCUCUCACACAACUCCAGCCUGACACCAGUCAUUCUCCAUACUGUUAUUGUGGUAAAGCAGUCCACAGCUCCAGAGAUGAACUUCCUGAACACUCUUUGUUCCCAGCCAAGAAAACUUAAGAAAAGUUUUAUUCCAACAAUGCCAGACACUCAACAAGAGAUGGAAGGACUGAAAACACCCAGUUCAACAGAGACUUUCUGGGAGUGCCAGUGUGGCGUGCCAGUCUUGAUUGAAAAUUGUGGGAGACCUUGGGUUAUUGCACUUUGCCCAUACUGUAAAAGAAUGAUUGGUGGAGAGAUUCAUAAACCAGUCCAUGGUUUCACUAAGCUGCAGAUGUCUGCUGAUGAUCACAUGGGUUAUAUUUUGGGAGAUGCCAGCAACCGCAUUUACGCAGGCUGUGAGAGAGACUUGUCUGGGGCUUCUCUGUGCCUUGUCCGAGCACUCAUCCACUCCUGUCUGCUCUGGGGAGCAAUUGAUAAUCACAAGGCCACAGCAGACCUUAUAGCAGGAUCUGCCGGUGAUGUUGGAAGGUUUCUCUCUGAUCACCUCCAAAAGGAUAUUGAGUUGCUUGGAAAGGCCCUGGGAAAGAACACUGAAAAUGCUGAAAUUGCAGUUCACAUGUUCUUACGGUACAUCAUUGAAAGUGCCUCAGUCGACUGCAACAUUGACUUUUGUACAACUGAAACCAGAGAGAAAAGAAAUCAAUGGGAAAAUAUGAUGCAGUCUAGAACAAGAGCAUUUUUCAAGGAUUUUGAAAAAAAUCUCUCUGAAGUGCACAACAACAUUCUGAAAUGGAGUGAAACAAACCCACUAGUAAACAUUCUGUACAAUGAUGUGCCUAAAAUGGAAGAUCUGUCCACUGUUGGUCCUUUUAAUUGCCCCCUUAUGUGGAGGUAUGAACAGAAGAUGUCCAUUCAGCUCCUAACACAUCUGAUUGAACAGGACAAUUCUUCAAAGAAAUAUCCAAUGCUUUUGGACCUUGUGAGAAAGCAUGGACACAUCAAGAACAUCAGGCAUCUCCCUCAAAUCCUCAGCCUUCAACAAAAACUUAUGCACCACUUUCGCUACGUUGACUCAUCAGAGUGGGAAGAUUUAACAUUUGAGGAGUUCCUGACAACAGCACCACAAGGUGAUGUCCAAUUUUUUCAAGAGAGUACCAGUGUGUUGAUGAACAUCUGGGCAAAUUUGAAAGACGCAGCUGGAGACUUGGAUGUUCCUGCGCAUUUAAAGGAAAAAGAGAAGAGCUCUUUAAUGAUCAGUGAUCUUUUGCCUUUGGAAAACCCGCAAACUCUUAUGCUUAUAGUGACACAUUAUCUUGCCAAAAUGCAAAAUGACUGCAUCAACACUGCCAGAAUUCAGCAAAGCAAAAUGAUUGAGUCUGAAAACCUCAAACCUUCACACAUGAUCACUUGUGACUUAGAGGAAGAUUUCCUUCCUAUUGCCAUAUCAAAUAUUGGAUAUGUUGUGAACGAGGAUGGCACUGAGACCAUUGAUUACAACUUCAAAACUCUUGAAAAACAGCUGAUCAGUCGCUUCAUCAGUGAAAAACCUCCCAUUAAUCUCUCGACUUUACCCAUGAUGGAACGUAAUCCUGUGAAGACCUUGCAGUCUUUCUUCUCAAAUGUAAAAGAUAAGCUGGAGCCUUUGAGUGUCCAGGACAAGAAUUACAUAAUGAAUGAAAUGAGAUUCAUCAAUGAAAUCUCUGCUGCUCUGUCCACCCUGAAAAUAGCCAUUGGUUUUUUGGAAUUAUCGUUAUCUAUUAGUUCUCCAGACAUGCUUCUGGUGACCUACAUGAAAAAUGAACUGAGAAUGGAGGACAGGUCAAGGCACCUUCAGCUUCCGGUUUUGAGGACAUGCCAAAUAAAGCACAUCCAGUCACUCUGGGAGGUUCUUUACACCAGACGCUCAACUCUACUCACUGAAAUGAACCAAGAGCCAUUCUACAUGAUCAAGCCAGCUUUCCAUGAGAGUUUCAAUGAGGAGCAAAAAAACAAUGUCAAUUCUGCUCUGGCCAGAAUUAGAAACCUGGACCUCUUCAUCAUUGAACUGCAUGAUGUCAUCAUGAAUAUCGACACCAAAGGAAUUAAACCUAUCUGGGAGAUCAGAGGUACUUUUGAAACGUUCCUUCUAUAUGAAAAGCUGCAGGGGUGAAGACUAUGUUAACAGCCUUUUGGAGCACCUGGGAGAAGACCUGGAGAUGAAAUAUGUGGUUUCCUUGUGGAAGUUUGCUGUGCAAAGAAGAGUACAAAACAUCUAAAUGUCUCCAUCUAUGUAAACUCAUAGAAAGGAAACUAAAAAGAAUUCCACCUGAAUUUGGACGUGCAAAGUGAAAUUUUACCUCUAAAGGCAAAGGCAAAUUUCUUUAAAAACUCACCGUAUCUUGAUUUUAGUGAUGUGCUCAACCUUUGAGUUAGCUUAGAAAGAAAUGUACUUUAUGUGGGUUAAAAAUCCAAGUCGCCAAACAUUUAUGGUUUUAAGCAACAAGUUUUUUAAGCUUAAGUAAUGUCAACAGAGUAAAUAUUAUAUUUGAGACAAUAAACUCAGAACUCUAUAAAUGAAAUCUAAAUGAGUUAAGGUUACAUAGGUUAUUGGUUACCAAAUUAUAUAAUUGCUGAUUUUACUCAUCUAAACAUCCAAGUGUCACAGAUCAUUUAAUAUAGGCUGUACAAUCUUGAUCGCAAUGGCCAAAUAUGCAUGAUCAUAAGAACAUUUACUUUGUCUUUUGUUAAUCAUU